CCAGACCAAUAGUCGCGAAACGGUUAACGCGGUUAACGGUCUGCACGCUUCUUGAAAGAGAGACAGAGAAAGAGAGAGAGAGAGAGAGAGAGAGAGAGAGAGAGAGAAAGUUGAUCUCCACCGAGAUUCCUCAUCAACCACCACUCGUUGACGUCGAUCUCUUUGCCGAUCUCGACCUAGUGAUCAAACACAGGGGACCUCGAAGUACGAGAAACCGAUCCGUCAUCUUCCCGCCAGGAAGGAAAAUCCUGACGAUCGAGUGGCGAGUGGGAGCCUGAUCACCGUCGCGCCGGUGAAUAAUAAUAAUAUAUUUGUAUAUAACCGGUAUAUAAUCUCUUGCAAUUGGACGCUACGGAGACCUGAGCAAACCCCCUGAGCAAUUUUCAUCCCCGUCAUCAUCACGCCCGACGACCAGUUGAAAUAUCUAGAAGAAGAGGAACAGCAUCGUCAACGGCGGAACUUUCGAUCGCGCGAUAAAGAGGAUUAAGGGAAUGACGGGAAGGUCCAGCACGAGACGGACGGGCCUCUGUCUGUUGGCACUGUUGUUGUCCUGCCUCUCCAGCGGCGGUUUCGUCGUUGGGGAGCCGGAACCGAUCCCCUCGGAGCUUCUCUACAGCAAAAGCUUUAUCAACAACGCCGAGAAUCUCAUACUGCUUAAUAAGCUGAAGCAAGUGAUCGAGGAGAAGGAGGACAUAACCGAGCGGGAAAAGACGCUGGACGACGUACAGAGGAUGAUCGAAUCGGUGCUAAGAGCGAAAGCGAAGGACAAUUACUCGGACGAGGAGUUACCAGCGCCACCGAAUCCACCAAACAGACUAGCGCCACGCUCUGGGAAACGUACCGCGAUAAGCUAUAUGACCUUGUGCCACUUCAAGAUCUGUAACAUGGGACGCAAGCGACAAUUGCACAAGUAAACGGCGAGCGAAUCGUUCGCGGACGACGGCCAGGUCGAGAAUGGUCGAGCCUCUCGCGCGGUGCACCCUCUGCCACGAAAACCUCCCCCUCCCGCGUGCAGACGAGAAGAAACGUGAACAGAAGCUGCUGCAUUCGGAAACUGGGACCCGGCGAUCGAGCGCUACCGAAACGCUCUCUCACUGAGAUUUUCAAUUCGACAGGCUUUCGCCAAAUGAUCGUGACCCUGACCCACUCUCUGACCUCUUCGACUUUGACUCGAUGCUCACCGUAAUUAUAUAUAAAUAAUCCGCGCUUCCACUUUCGAACACCGCUUGAACACCGUGGCUCCCAACGUGGGACGACAAUUCGAGAACGAGUUAUUAACAGCGAAUUUCACCUUAAGACGAGCUCAAGUUAUACUAUGAGUUUGUCAGGCACUUUGGUUUAUCUUACAACAAUUUGAAUGAUCGAAGCGUUGCGGAAGAAGCUUCCGUUAAAAUUAUCCUAUAUUUGUGCGUUUUCAGUAUUCUCUUUUAUACGUUUUGAAACUUUAUUUGCUAUUUUAUUUUAUUUUUUUUUUUUUUUUUUCUUUGAUGAACGUCACGUUCUUUGGAAGCUUGAGGUUAAUGGUCUUUUUUGGGCUUCCUCCGUAUGAAAAGAUUCACUUUGUUAUUAAUAAGAAUUAUGUAUCACAGGAAUAGGACAUCAGGACUUUAGAAAUAUUUAGGUGAGGCAUGGCCAAAAAAUGGUUGGGAACCACUGGCUUAACCUCUUAGCUGUGCUUAACCGUUUUUAAAAAGUGCGUAUCUACAUUGUGCCGUUGGAACGACACGAUGACGAUUAUACUCAUCAAACAGAGUGUGUGCAGCUGCUUUAAAAUUGAAAAAUCGACGAUUUUAUUGUUUAACUUAACUGAUAUUGAUCAACUGAUUAAUAUUAAUUGAUAAUAAUUAAUAUUAACAGCAUAAAAAUAUUUAGAAACGAUGCAAAAAGAACUUAAAGAAAGUCUUAAAAUAUUCUUAUAUUUAUGAAUAUGUUUCAUUUUCCACCAAAGACUUAAUUCGAGUAA